GUGUCAGAUUUGGCCUUCAAUUACUGUGGUUUCUCGCAAUUUGUGAGGGUUUUGCAAUGUCCGAGUGAAGUGAUACAGGCGAAAUCGAUGCUGUGACAAUUGACUGACUUACUCGUGUUAAAAUGACAUCGAGAAGUAAAAAUGCAGUACGAAGUUACGAGACUGAAAUUGAAAAAAGUCGGGAGGAGUCUAAUUGGAAGAAGGCUGUGGAGUUGGCUCAGCAGCUCAAGGCCAGGUCACCACAACAUGAAAGUCUUGCACAUUUUCUCAUUGGAGAAGGAAAGUUGGAAGCCUAUCUUGAAGAAUGGGCACCCAUCAAGGAGAAUGUUGAAAGGGCCCAGCGAGAGCUUUCAGAGGCUCGUGGGUACCUGACACUGGCUACAGAUGAGGCAGGGAAGAAGGCUGGAGUAGCUCUUGAUUCCCAUUUAUUAUUAGGGAAGUUAAAUUAUGCCUGUGGAGCCUAUGAUGAUGCCUUAAAACACUAUAAACUGGCAGAAUUGAAUACCUUGACGGAGAAGGAACUGCCUGUCCGAAGUCUUCGUAUAGUAGCUGAGUCCUAUGCCAUCAAGGGCUUGUGCUUAGAACAAACUGCAUUACCAGGCUCUACAAGUCGAUACAAACAGGCAGAGAGGGAAUCUGAGAUGAUCCGCAGCUUCGAGGUGUCGUCAGAGCUAAGCCUGCUGUACCUGCAGCGCUGCGCGCGCUGCGCCGGCGCCACGCUGGAGGCCGCGCUGCUGCGCGCGCCGCUGCUGCACAUCCGCGCCGGCCGCCUGCACGCCGCCAUCGACAGGUAUCGCGAAAUGCUGACGGCCGUCGAGUCGGUGUCGACGCAGGCCUUGCGCCUCACGCUCGCCAGGCAGCUCGCCGAGGUGCUCAUGAGGGGCGUCACGGGACAGGUGUACCAGGCGCCCCGGAAGGUGGCGGCUCCCUCGCAGUUGCAGGGCACGCUCACGAGGAGAAGGGAGGAGUACGUCUCGGAGGGACCGUGGAAGCCGAAGAAGUACGCUGGAAUCAAUCAGUUCGUGCCGCGAAACGAGUACGAGGAGGUGCUGCUGCUGCUGCUGGUGGGCGAGGCCAUGGCGGUGCGCGACGCCGUGCUGUCGCAGAGCGGAGAGUUCUCCGCCGCGCGCGACCACUCGCUGCAGAACGCCGUGGCCGUGGCCGACCUGCUGGCGCUGGCCGCCGUGCGCUGGGGGCAGAUGGCGCUCGUCAUCGAGUCGCUGGAGCGCGCGAUGAAGUUCUCGUUCGGUUGCGCGCACAUCUGGCGGCAGCGCGCGCUGGCGACGGCGGCGGCCGCGCGCGCCAGCGAGUCCGAGCCGCUAAGCGCGCGCGUGUCCGCAGGCAGCGCGGCGUGGGGCGCCAGCGUGCGCGCGCUGGGCGUGUGCCGGCGCGCGGCGCCGCUGCUGCGGCACGACGCCGCGCUGCGCCUGCUGGCCGCCAGCACGGCCUACCGCGCCGGCUGGAUAGAGGAGGGAAUCGAGUUGGCGGAGGAGGCGCUGGCGAUAGAGGAGGCUCGGGGCGGCGUGUUGUUGGCGCGCUGCUAUCUCUACUGCGGAAUCGGACGACAAUCGAAAGCACAGAAAACUAAUUCUCGCAUUGAGAAGGAAGCAGAUAACGAGACCAGUCUAAGGAUGCUGCUGAAGUCAGUGGAGCUGGACGACAACGAUCACUUGGCGUUCUACCACCUGGCGUUGCAGUAUAUUCACCUGGGGAUGUUGAACGAGGCGAUGGACGCGACGCGCGCGUGCCUGCGGGCGCGCAGCGAGUGCGGCGGCGGGCUGCGGCUGGCGGCGGCGCUGUGGGGCGCGGCGUGCGCGGGCGUGCGCGGGCGCCGCGCGCUGGCGGCCGCGCGCCUGGCGCACCACCACUACCCCGGCGCCGAGUGGCCGCUCGCCAGCCUGGCCGCGCUGCAGCUCGUGUGGGAGAGCGGCGAGGCAGCUCUCGCUACCGGUAAGGAGCUCCUGAAGCUCUUGAACGGCGCGGACGGCGAGGUGGACACGGAGCAUACGAACGGGUACGCCGAGCUCGACGCGCUGUCGGACUCGCAACACGACGACACGCACAGCAACAGAGACGCCGCGUCCAUCCGAGCGGAGUCGGCGGGCGCGUACCGCAUGGAGCGCGCGCUGUCGGAGGGCGCGUCGUCGCAGUCCGCGCCGCGCGCGCGCUCGCCGCUCGCCGAGCACCGCGCGCACGCCUGGCUGCUGCUGGCCGACCUCUGCCUCAGGCUAGGGAGAGUGAACGCGGCGGCGGGAUGCGUGUCGGAGGCGGCGUCGCUGACGCCGUUCAGUCACCUCGUGUUUUAUACGCGCGGCCUCGUGCACGCGGCGGGCGCGGAGUGGGCCGAGGCGCGCACGUGCUUCCAGAACGCGCUCGCCAUCCACCCCACGCACCUCGACAGCAUCGUGCAGCUCGGCGCCACGUACUACUCGCUGGGCUGGCUGCGGCUGGCGGAGCGCACGCUGCGCGAGGCGGGCGCGCUGCAGCCGUCGCGCGCCGACACGUGGCGGCGCCUGGCGCUGGUGCUGGCGGCGCUGGGCGAGCCGGGCGCCGCCGCCGACGCGGCCGCCGCGGCGCUGGCGCUGCACCCG